CCAGAAUUAUGUCGCAAUGGACGGAGGAGUAUGUUGUCUUUUUCCUCGAAAAAUUAUCAAAGAGCAGACAGGUGGCACUGAAGACAAGAAAAAAAGUGGCUCUGUGUUCGGCAGAUUUCUACGGAACAUCGGCCUCAGGCGCUCCAGUAGGAAGGGGACUUACAAGCAACAUCAAGGUGAUCUAAACGCUUACGAGAUUAGCAUGAGCGACGAGGAUAGGAUGGCGCUGAUGAUACUGGUCAAGGAGGGGAAGAUUAGCACGCAGACGGCGCUGGCUGUGGUGCAGAAGUUUGAGGAGGAGAGGAGGCUGAACCGUGGAGGUUUGGAGGAUGGUAAAGAGAAUGUUUGUGAAACACCUUCUAAAAAAGGCCUUGGCAAGAAAAAGAAAGGAAACAAACCAACAAAAUCCCUUUCUACCUUUUCUGCUGAUGACCCCCAAAGGUGCCAGACCAGCCCCCAGGUGACAGAGGAGGAGCUGCUGUGUGACCACCAGAUCUGUCGCCAGCGCAGGGUCCACAGUCUGGGUCAGCUGGAUGUCCCGCACCUCCGUCCACAGCAGGAGUUUCAGCAUGACCUUCAGCUGGAUAAGAUGGCCUUGACCCGUGCUGUUUCCUGCUCACCUGCCUGUUCACCUGGACAGAAGAUGGCCUUGCAGGCUGACCAGUCGUCUUUAGCCAAGCUCCACAGCCCAGGCCACCAUCAAGCCACCAGCCACCAUCACCACCAUCACAACCUCAACAAGGUUGAAGCCCUCAGAGAGCGUCUUACAGGGAAAACUAUCAACGUUGUGCCAAAAACUUCAUCAAAGUAA